AUGUAUGUACAUGGCAUUAUUGGCAACAUAUUGCUUGGAGCACAGAUAACAGAUGAUGAAUUUUCAGGCAAGCUAUCAGUGUUCUCUAGACCUCACGUAAAUACACUCACUUUGGAGGAUACAAAUUUCAGUGCCAUUAAAAUGAGAGUAACUGUCAUAGUUUUGUGCCUAUAUUUUUCUCUCGGGUAUAGUGCAGAACAAAACAAUACGUGUGGCCUAACUAAUCCCAUACAGGAUCUCACAGAGAUUGUAGGGGUUUGGUACGAAUACAAAAAGACGCCAUCUUUUUUGGGCAACGAUAAUUGCACGUCCUUUGACAUGAUUUGCCCGAAUGUGACUUACUGUGAAGUGGAACAAAUGAAUUUUAAAACCAACACCAGCAAGGACUCUUACAUUUUGAAAUUGAAUAUUUCCACUAAAAUAAUAACAUGGGAGGACGAAGUGGUCAAUAUUGCUUGGACAGAAAAAGAUUUGGCUCUUGUAGUGAGAAAAUGUGACAAGGAAAAAGAGCAACUGGCCGUCUAUACUAAAAACGUAACGCUAUCAGAUGACACAGCAGAAAAAAAGAUAGAAGCUUACAUAAAAAGUUUGAACUAUAAAGGUUCCAACUUGACACUAAUCAACAAUACACUAUGCAACAGUGCAAUGAUCACUACAACUACUGCUUUUCUAUUAUUUUCAAUAAUUAUAUUUGCUAUUUAUUAAAUGAUUUAACUGUUUCAAUAUUCAGACAUAACCUAGAAUUAUUUGUAUGAGUAGUGAAUAAAUAAUUUAAAUCUCGAUCUUUUUUUUCUCCCAUUGAAUUUGGUAGGUUAAUAACUUACAACAUUUGUAUGCUGACAAUAUGGCUUCACUGUCCAUGGCAUGAUGGUAAUCGUAUACAGAUUUUCCUACCAAGUCAUCAGCAUCAUAGCCCAAGAUGUCUUGUAACCUGGAAAAAAAACUUCAUUUACUAUUUUGUGGAAGUCUCUUGGACUUUUGCCAACUCGGUUUCUUGAAAGCC